CCCCGAUUCCUUUUAAUCGGGGAAGCUUAGCGGUGUCCCCGAUUAGAAUGUGAUCGGGGCCGAGCCCUAUUCUUGGAUGUAGGGAAAACUCAAAAAUUACUCUAAUUGUUUAUCUUGUAAUUUUAAGGGAGCUGCUUCAUCCAUUUUAAAAAGUCAAGUUUCUGAAGCCUAUCACGUACGUUAAGCGUAUCACAUAAAAGACCACUUCUGCAAACAUUUCCUUUUGCAGAAUGUUGAACAUUAUUUGAAAGAACAUGCCACAACUCGGAACUUCAUGGAAAAAAAUUUAGUUGUUUUGCGUUUUAGCCUUUUAGGCAACACAACAAUUGUACAGGAACCUGCUUUUUUUUACAGUCAUUGGAGGUGGGAAAUGACGUCUUCAAACAAUAAUAGCGAGUAAGAAAAAAAUGAUUUUUCGUUUGCUGUAUCUAACAAAAAGUUGGGCAGCGUUUUUCGUUUUCAUCCCUAAACAUUCACGCGUACGUGAGCAACAAAUCGUAAGACAUCGGAGAUGCUAGAAACGAGUUGAUAAGUAAACUGCAUAUAAAGCUGGGCGUACAGUCCUUAUACGUUGAAGCAGGUCAACAGUCACCCCAAGUUUAGCUAAAGAAUGGCUGAAGUUCCGUUGACGCACAAGCUACACAGUGGAUAUUCUCACCCUACUCUUCGAGCAUGGCAAAGCAACGGCACAACAAUAAAUCCAAACAAUUUGAUGUAUCCCUUAUUCAUAGUCGACGACCCAGAAGCAGAAGACGAAAUCAGUGGUAUGCCGGGAAUUUAUCGAUACGGAGUGAAUCGCCUUGAAAAUCACCUGAAACCUGCCGUUGCAGCGGGAUUGAGUUCCGUUUUGCUAUUCGGAGUUCCUUUUGCCAUGCCAAAAGACAAUGAUGGUUCGGCGGCUGAUCAUCCUGAAACACCAGUCAUUCUGGCCAUAAAAAAGCUGCGAGAUGUCUUCCCAAAUUUGCUCGUUGCGUGUGACGUCUGCAUUUGCGCUUACACAGUUCACGGACAUUGUGGAAUUCUUUGCGAAGACGGAACCCUUGAUAAUGCCGCAAGCGUGAAAAGAUUAGCCCACCAGGCAUUAGCCUAUGCUAAAGCAGGUGCCCAAGUUGUGGCUCCUUCCGACAUGAUGGAUGGUCGAGUGGGAGCUAUAAAAAGAAUUCUGAAUGACAAUGGCCUUGCCAGCAGAGUAGCUGUUCUUUCGUAUGCCGUAAAAUUUUCUUCUUGUUUCUACGGACCUUUUCGUGACGCGGCCAAAUCAGCACCCGCUUUUGGCGAUCGGAGAGCUUAUCAGCUUCCGUCUGGCAGUACAGGAUUGGCUAUGCGGGCUGCUGAGCGCGAUGUUUCUGAAGGAGCGGAUUUUCUCAUGGUUAAGCCAGGAUUGGCUUACCUAGACUUGGUUCGUCAGGUCAAAGACAAAUACCCCAACCACCCAAUGUUCAUUUAUCAGGUUUCGGGAGAAUACGCAAUGCUUUACCAUGGCGAUAAAGCCGGUGCGUUCAACCUGGACACCAUGCUUAUGGAAAUUUUAUGCUGUAUGCGACGAGCGGGAGCCGACGUCAUUAUCACAUAUUUUGCUCCUAGGAUUUUGGAAUUAAUCUCCAAAUAAGUUUGUAGAUGGUAAAACAAAGCCAACAUUACAGUUGAUGAUGAUGAAAUCCUUACACAUGAACAUGUUAAAUUCAAAUGUAUUUGAUUAUGAGCUUAAUAUUUUGGGAUAAAUGGGAUAUAUUAGUA